ACUCAUUAACCUGGACUCGACUGACUGAGAGUAGGCCUGCUCGGCGGUGGCUCUGGUGGCUCUGGUGGCUCUGAUGGCUCUGGUGGCUCUGGUGGACUUGGCGGCAUGCUUGGUAGCCUCGGUGGUUCCAGUGCAUCCGAUAUCAAGGAAAACGGCGAAUGUAAAUCAGUCGCCCUGAUCUUCGCUCGUGGAACUGGUGAGCCAGGCAACAUGGGCUUCGUCGUUGGUCCCGGCCUUGGUAGCCAGCUCAAGACGGCUUUGAACAAUGAUGUCAUGCUCCAGGGCGCGGACUAUACCACCGACUUCAGCGGCGGUGGUGCUAAGGAUAUCAUCGCCACUACUCAGCAACUCAAGUCACGAUGCCCCGAUACUAAGGUCGUCCUCGGCGGAUACAGCCAAGGUGCCAUGCAAGUUCAUGACGCUCUGGGCCAGGUCGGUGGUGAUGUCGCUGCCGCGGUUACCUUUGGUGACCCCUAUAGCUCAGUGGGCUUCGGUGGUGGUUCCAGCCUCCUCAGCGGCUUCAUGGGUGGCGCCGGAUCCGGCGCCGGAUCCGGCGGCGGCUCUGGCGGCAGCUUCAACGCCGAGAAUGGAAAGGUGUUCUGCUCCACCGGCGACUUCAUCUGUGGACUCAUGCCCGGCGGCAGCGGUGGUUCCACCUCGUCUGGCUCUGGCUCUGGUGGCCAUCUUUCCUACUCUAGCGAUGGCAGUAUCCCGGAAGCAGUGAAAUUCAUCGUGUCCAAGGUUGGCGGUGGAGCCGCGUAAGCGCUUGACAGAUGUUUGCUUCGGUGUCAAAGAUAGUGAGGAGGCUGGGUAGAAUCACUUGUAUUUCUAGGCGCUGUGAG